AAAAGAACAAGCUGAAAGAAGACAAAAAGAAAGAGGAGAUUUUGAAAGGAAGGUUGAGAUUGAGAAAGAGAGUGAAAUGCGGGUUUUGAGGGAGGAUAGUGAGUUCGAUAAGGAUGAGAAUGAAAUGUGGGUUUUGGAGGUGGAUAGUGA